AUGUCAGAUGUGGAGCAGAAAGACAUCGAGGUGGCUCGAGAAGAUCAGCAGAGAAUAAACCGCUUCAGCAGACUGAAUCUUCGGUAUGAUGACUUGGACGAGGAGAUCGCCAAGAUCAAAAAAGAUGUUCAAACGUACAAGGAUGCAUCGGAGGAGAUCGAAGGCUGCAUGGAAGACAACGGGAUCAUGGUGAAGCUUGGCGAGGUUUUUACUCCUGUUGAUGAGGAUUCUGUGCUGGAGAAGCUCACGAACCUCAUCGAGAAGUCUGAGGCCGCGUUGUCCCAAAAGUCGGACGAGAUCGAGACUGUGCGGGGUGAGCUGGACUCUUUGAAGAAGGUGCUCUAUGCCAAAUUCGGGACCAGCAUCAACCUGGAGAAGUGA